CCUAAUCUUCACUAUACUAAACAUCUUCACUGUAAGUUCGUUCCCUCGGGUGUCUCUGCCAUGGCCACCACCACCUUCUCGACAGCCUCGGAGCUGUCUGGUUGUGCUGUUGUUGCAGGUUCUGUUCGAAAAUCUCGACGUACGAGACAAAUUUCUGCUGCCUUUCAUUGCUUCUCUGCGAGAGCUACCAAUAGCCACGUAGUACUUUCGAUGUCGAAACCUAGUAACGAUAAAUUUACCGUUAAGUCUAGUAGUACGGAUACCGGACUUACGUAUAAGGAUGCGGGCGUAGAUAUAGACGCUGGGUCGGAGCUUGUGAGGAGAAUCGCUAAGAUGGCCCCUGGAAUUGGAGGCUUUGGGGGUCUUUUUGGUGAUUCGUACCUUGUCGCUGGCACGGAUGGUGUGGGUACAAAACUUAAGCUUGCAUUUGAAACUGGAAUUCAUGAUACUAUUGGUAUUGAUCUGGUAAAAGGUUCAAUAUAG